AAAUGAAAGUGGUAUCUGCAUGAAGUCGCAAGAGUCGGUGACCAUAAAUACAGACACUACCAUCACAGGAUCUCGUCGCCCGUAACAUCACGGCUCUUAUGUCUCUCUUUUAAACUCGAGCAACUGCAAACAAUCAAGCUCUCUCUCACCUUCUCACUCAGUCAAAUUCCUUCGAAAAUGUCAAUCCACGCAGUAGCCGCCUCCAAGCGCUCUCAUACUCAGAUUGCCGAUGAUGUUCUCUCAGUCAUCGAGUCAUAUCGUCUGAGAGCCUCACCGUUCGACCCCAAAAUCAUUCCGCAAACCAGAAAAAAAUUCCUUCCAAUCAUCCAGCGAGCCGUUGAGAAGCGGCAACCUGUGUCUCUCACACUGCCUGCAUUUCCCUUCAAGUCACCCAACACCGAAGACAAGGUCCUGGGAGUACUACCAGACAAGGCUGAGGAGGUGUCUUUGAAGUAUCUCCAAGGUCUCUGCGAUAACAUUAAAGACACCUAUGCGCCUGGAGCGGAACUCACUAUCGUCUCGGAUGGAAUCGUCUACAGUGAUCUGGUCGGUGUCCCUGACUCCACUGUGUGGGAGUAUGGCGAGCAUCUUCGCCAGAUGGCCAUCAAGUUGGACUGCACUUCCAUUCACUUCGCUCGUCUCUCGAUGAUGCCAUCGCUAAGAACGAAACUGCCCUCCGGCUUGCUGGAAUACACCGACAGCGCCAGCUACGAGAAGGUUGCUCCGCUGGUUCGUGAUCAGCUGAUUGCCACCUUCAGUGAGCGGGACUACGAUGUCAACAAGGAGAUCGCUACGGACGAGAGCAUCAGGGCUACUUACAUGGGGUAUUUGAAGUACCUUUCUCGGGAUUUGCGGAAGCUUGGACAGCCCUCGGGGGAAGCAUCAGACUCUUCCGGCGGCUCCAACUACUCCGGCUCGUCCGACAGUGAUGUCUCCACUGGAAGUCGCAAAGCAUUCAAAAGAAAGGUGUCCAAAGUUGCAAAGCAGAUGCUCGCACGCGGAAAGUGCUACGCUGCCUCUGUCUAUGAGUCUUUCCCAAACUCCGUACGACUUUCGAUUCAUGCCUCAAACUCCGCAACAAAGAUAUCAAUUACCGUGCUCCCAAAUGCACACUCUAAGCCCAUCACACCAUGGCACUCGGUGAUGACUUGUCGCCUUGACGGCUCGCUCAUCCCACUUUCGCACCAAGAAGCGGCUGAAAACACCUCGCUCGAGCUUAUAAACAAGAACGAUCGCCCCUGGUGCUACCGCGAGAAGUCUCCCCUCUACAACGCCUGGCCCGAUGACGUCUUCAUCGACCAUAUUUACCCGAUGGGUCUGCUUCUCACCUUCCCUAAAAACACACCCUUCUCUUCCGCGGACAUGCAGAACGUGCGCACGCUGUCUGAGUACAACUCGCCCGUUAUUCUGCGCAACCUGGCCGGGACCACCGACCGCGAGAAUUUUAUGGCCAAAGGCCGUGAGAUGGGCGAAAUCAUGAAAUGGAAGUUCGGCGAGCUGCUCGAGGUUAAGGAUGGCGGCGAAGAUGCCCGGGGUCUUAACAAUGUACUGUCUACGGAGCCAAUGCCGUUCCACUACGACGGCAUCUUCAAGAUGAUUAACGGCGUGUCAACCCCACCCAAAUUCCAGAUGUUCACGGCCGUGACAACCAGUCCGCGCGGCAUGGGGCACACUCUCUUCGCGACAUCACCACUGCUGUUCCAGCACUUAACAGGUGGUUACACCAUAGAGGAGCUGCGGAUGCACAAGUGGUUGGUUAAGACUGAGAGCUUUGACAACAGCCACUUCGGCGACCUUCCCUUGGUUAUUGACCAUCCUAUCACGGGAGCGCCGUGCAUCCGCUACCAUGAGGACUGGCCACAGGCGCGGACGCGUUUCACGGAGACGCGGAUACACAUCCAAGAGGUAGAUGAGACGGAAGACGAGCGUAUCCGGACGGCGAUUGAGAAGGCGCUGUUUGACAGGCGAGUGUGCCUGUACCAGGCAUGGGAGAAGGGAGAUGUUCUUGUCAAUGACAAUAUUUUGACGAUGCACACUCGCGAGGGAUACUCGUCAAAAUUUGGAAGGGAGCUUUGGCGUCUCCAUAUCGACUAGACAG